CUUGAAAUGGUUCUCAUGGCGGGCGUCACGGAGGUUCCUGACUCGGAAGACGAGUUUAUGACAUCCUCGCCGGUUGUAACCUCCAUCUCUGCUGACAGGCUUUCUCCCGCCAAAGACGAUGCUCUCCAUGCCAAAGACGCGUUCGAAGCGUUCGGUGACGAUGUUUCAAGCAUCGCCUUAAAACAAGUUGAAAGCUUGAAUCAAGCUCAAGCAAACAUUUUCGCGAAUAUCGAUAUAUCUAGUCCUACCCAUUCAGCUGACCUACAGUCUAACGAACCUCCCUUACAGCGGCGCGAAGCCAAUCCCGGCAACAUAGAGACUGUACAAGAGUUGGAAUGUAUGCAGGUUGAAUAUAGUGUUACGGAACGAAUUGAAAUUCUAGAUCCAGCUGUACGCAACUCGGAACAGAAAAUGUCGGAGCGAGUUGCAAAUGCAGAAGUUAUGGAAUUCGUGCACCCAAUUUCACAACCAGGUGAUAACGAUGGAGGAACAGCAGACAGCUGUGUGGUCUCCGUGGACAGACCAAUUCUCACUGUACAAAAGUCGGAAUCUACCGCGGAAGACGAAAGUGCCAAGCGGCAGACUAUUUCGCCCGACAAUGAAGAUACAGCAUCCAUGUUGAAGGAUCUGCCAUCUCUCGAGGAUAAGAGGACAGUAUCCCAACAGGAAAUCCGGCCUUUGAGGCAUUCUCACCUCCCAGUCGACGCAACAAAAUUGACUGGUGGAGAAUUAAGUUUUCGGCCACCACAUCAAGAGUCCGACAGAGGGAUGAAGGAGGAAGUAGAAGCGGCGAUAGAGAAAAUCCAUAGCUCGGAUGAACGGUCGCUCAAAGAUGUUGAGAUGGCAGAUGCUGGCCAUGAGGGAAGGAGGACUCCUCAGCCCCAGAUUGACCCUAGCAAGGAUCCUUCACGGCGAGAUGAAACCAAUUUGACUGAAUUGACGAUACCUGCGUUGAAUGCGUCCUCUCAGGAACACAGUUUAUGCGGUGAUGGCAAUCGGGGCACUAAACCCACGACUAAAGCGACAACGGCACAGGAUUCACAGCAGCGUGGGUCUACUAGCGACAUAUCGACCCGCGAGUCUGAUAGUGCAGCUAAAUUAAGAUCUCUGCUGGAACCAAAUGGCUCUCAAACGCAGAAUAGCCCUCCAAAUACCACCAACUUACCAGAACCUCAACCCCAACCGGAGUCAUCACCUCCAGUCAAACCCGGCUCCCCACUCAAAUCCUCAAGCCCUUCAAAAUCCUCCCAAGACCUUGAAGAGCUCCGUGCCCACCGAGGUACCCUCAUUGCGUCUCUAGCUGCCCUCCCAAACAUACAGGACGCUAUCGCGAAAACCAAUGCAUCCUCCACGGCGUCUUCACCUUCCACAGCCGAACUCACCGAUGCAGAGGUUAUGGCAGCCGCGAACAAGAUCGUCAAGAAGCACAUCAAGCUUCUCCAUGAGUACAACGAGAUAAAAGACGUAGGUCAGGGCUUGAUGGGGUUGAUAGCAGACCAGCGGGGUGUGAGGAUUGUGGAAAUUCAGGAUGAGUUUGGAAUUUGUGCUAAAGACUAA